AUGAAUAAAGACAAUCAAUAUAGUGUGUCGUUUGUUUCGCUCACAGCGGUUAUUGCUAUAGCCGUUUUGUUAAUCGCCCUCAAAUAUUGUAUAUUUUAUGUAGUUACAGUUUUGAGUGCAGUAUGGUUAGUAAUCAACUACUGGAAUUUUUUGGUCAGAGUAUGGCAAACCCUUCCAAGAGACGCAAUAUUAAUCAAAGACUAUUCAACAUAUUUUAUAAAAAUAAGGAUAUGGAAAUUAUUGGGAUGUGACACAUAUGCUAAAAUUUUUAAAAGAAAUGUUGAAAAACAUCCAAAUAAAAUAGCAUUCAAGCAUGAAGGUUCUACUUGGAGAUAUAUAGAAGUUGAAGAGCUCAGCAACCAAAUUGCCAAUUAUUUCAAAGAGCAAGGAUUUAAACGAGGCGAUGUUGUUGCUUUGUACAUGGAAAGUUGUCCAGAAUACGUAUGUAUCUGGCUUGGUUUGUCUAAAAUUGGAGUUAUAGUAGCUUUAAUUAAUAAUAAUUUACGUGCUGAUACAUUGGCACAUUCUAUAAAAGUAUCAAAUUGUUCAGCAGUCAUAAUCGGCAAAGAACAAAUCAAUGCAUUGGCGGAAAUUAUGAACAUAACUACUGAUGAUAAAUUGAUUGAUCUGUUUACAAAAUCGAAUGUAUACAUAAAAAAUUACAGUGAUGACACUACUUCAUUAAUUAAUACGUCAAUAAGUAAAGCUAUUAAUCUUGAUUAUGAACUAAAAGAAAUAUCAAAAAGUGCUCCCGUAAAAGAUAUUUCCGAAGGUAGUUCAAAAGAUCAAAUGUUAUAUAUUUAUACAUCAGGAACUACGGGUAUGCCAAAGGCUGCUAUUAUGACCCAAUCAAGAGCUAUUUAUAUGGCGAUGGGAGUUAAAUACAUAGCUGGAAUAACUGAAUAUGACGUUGUGUAUACACCGUUACCAUUGUAUCAUACUGCUGGUGGUAUCUUGGGUGUUAGCUCUGUCCUUUUAGGAGGUUCAACGUGUGUUAUAAGGUCCAAGUUUUCAGCAUCUAACUAUUGGACUGAUUGUGUUAAAUAUGAAUGUACAGUUGCACAAUAUAUUGGUGAAAUGUGUCGUUAUUGUUUGGCGUCACCCCCAUCUGAUGCUGACAAAACUCAUCAGGUCAGAUUGAUUUUAGGAAAUGGUCUUCGACCUCAAAUAUGGACCGACUUCAUUACACGGUUUAAUAUAAAGAAAGUGGCAGAAUUCUAUGGAGCCACUGAGGGGAAUGCUAAUAUGAUGAACACAACAAAUAAAGUUGGAGCUGUGGGAUUUAUUCCAUUCAUCGGAGAACCAUUUUAUCCUGUCACAUUGAUACGUGUUGAUCCAUACACCAAUGAACCUAUUCGAGGAAAAAAUAAUCUGUGUAUUAAAUGUGAAGUUGGAGAACCUGGAUUAUUGGUUGGAAAUAUAAGAAAAACAACUGAAAAUUCUUUCAGUGGUUAUGUAGAAAAAUCAGCUUCUGAGAAAAAAAUUAUUAAAGAUGUUUUUCGUAAAGGAGACAAAGUAUUUAACUCUGGCGAUGUGCUCAUUCGGGAUGAACUUAAUUUUUAUUACUUUAAAGACCGUACAGGAGAUACUUUCAGGUGGAAAGGUGAAAAUGUUUCUACAUCAGAAGUGGAGGCUGCUAUUAGUAAUAUAGUAAAAUUAAAAGACUGCUUAGUGUAUGGAGUAGAGGUACCAAACACUGAAGGAAAAGCUGGAAUGGUUGCUAUUGUAGAUGAAACUAGUGACUUAGAUUUGGAUAAAUUGUCUGCUGGAAUCAAUAAAUCAUUACCAGCCUACGCCCGGCCACUCUUUUUACGAAUUGUUAAGACACCUGUGUCGCUUACUGGAACGUUCAAGAUGAAAAAAAUUGAUGUACAAAAUGAUGGAUUUGAUCUUACCAAAAUUACCGAGGAUCCUUUAUACUUUAAUGAAGGAAGGAAGUUUGUUCCACUCACACAAGAGUUACGAGACAGCAUUGUAAAUGGAGAAAAAAGAUUAUAAAUUGUUUUUAAACUAUUGUACAUCAUAUAUUGUACUAUUGUAUUGGUUUGAAAGGGAUUUAUGUUUAUGUUUUUAGUAAUAGUAUGAUCAAAUUGUUGUUUUCCUAAUUGAUCUGGUGAUUUGUAUCAUACAGAGCUAAAAAACAAAAUCAAAGACUUAACAAUUUUUAGGGUAAAAGCUGUGAUUCAUUUUUUGUACAUCAACUAUACAAUAAGUUUGGGUUGUUACGAUAUUUGAUCAUUAUGUAUUUUUUUUAAAAUAAAAGUUAAUUGUAUUAAA